UAAUUCCAUGGUUUUGUAGUCGUGGUUUUGUAGUUUUUUAUCAAUAAUGGUUAACCUGAAAGGAUAUUGAAACAAGAAUACAAGUACUUAUAAAAAAGUUAGUGUUGAUGGCGGGUAUCAUUAUAUUACUUGAGCUUUACCAACAAAAACAACAAUGAAUGAUAAUUUUUGUUAUAAUUAAGUUAUUUGCAAGAAUUGGAAUUGUGUUGUGGCUGUUGUAACGCUACGAAAGCAUUGAGUCCCUGUAAAUAAACUACCUCCUAAUUAAUAUUUUUAGAAACAAGACUGAAUUCAGUGUCAAUUCAGAACAGUUAUUACAAACCGUAACAUCUCCAGGCGUUCAAGAAUGAAUAUUCCAUUAUAACAUUCAAAAUUUUAAAAUGUUGCCACAGAUGACCAUAAUGUCAUUAAUCGUCUAUAACAGUACUAAAUUACAUUUUAUUAUUUUAUUGCAAAAUUUAUUAAACAUAUCAAAUUAAUAUAAAAAAAAUAAAAUACUUUUUAAGUAAUCAUCGCUCUUACGGGGUGAUAUUAUGAAAUCGGCAUUGAAUGAAAAUCUCCGUCGUUAUAAAAUAUACUACUUUCAGAACGCGUUUGACACAUGCUGAAACAUGCACAAUUAAAAUUAUUCCUUAAUAAAAAUAUUAAAUUUGUGGAAUAUGUGGACUUACAAUCAGUGAAAGUACUUUUCAUCUAACUGCGAUACCGAUUUGUUUGUUGUCUUGAGAGCACUUAUUGGAAUAUUAUUUGUUAGUAAAAGAUGUCAAAAAUAACAGAAUUGAUUUCAAACUCUGAAAAGUUGUCGUAUUCGUACGAAGUGACUCCAUCUAUAACGUACGAGAAAAUCAAGGACAUAGAUAUACUACCACGCUUCUUCUCAGUGACAUGGCACCCACAAGAACAGGAUUUGAAGAGCUUUAAUAUGGGUUUUGCACCUUUGAAAUUGGCUACGGAUCUAAUAACCGCAGGACAUAAUGUUUUAUUACAUGUUUCUUGCAGUUUCAUGACGAAAAAAUAUCUUCAUGAUCUUUUAAAGUUUUUACAAGAAAUGGGUAUUUGUAACCUAUUAAUAAUUAGAGGUGAAAACUAUGAUGCUACCAAGUCAGAUUUUACAAGCCAUGAAUUAAUUAAGUAUAUAAGAAAAUUAAGUGGAGAUUAUUUUUGUAUUGGAGUGGCUGGUUUUUUAGCAGAUGAUGAGAAGCUCCCGCACUUGAAAGCAAAAGUUGAAAGUGGUGCAAAUUUUAUACUUACUCAGGCAUUUUUUCAACCCAUAAUGUUCGAAAAUUUUGUUUUGCAAUGUCAUGAAAUUGAUAUAAACAUUCCUAUUUUGCCAGGUUUGUUUGUUUUUGAAACAAAAGUUCAACUAAACAAAUUAAUAAGUUUAUGUAAAAUUAAAGUAUCCGAAAACACAUUGAUAAGUAUAAAAAAACACUCCGGUAUUGGAACUGUUGCAAAAUUAAUUUUAGACUUGAAUAAAUUAUCGGGUAUAAAACAUUUUCAUUUUUUCACAAUCAACAAAAUGGACAUCACUUCUAAAAUAAUAGAAUGUGUUAACAGUAACAUGAUAACGAAUAUGAAUGAGGUUUAGUAUUUUGUAUUCCCGAAGGAUACUAAACAUAAAAAAAAUAAAACUCCAAAAUCGAUAACUUUAGCAGAUAAUCACGUUAGCAGGAUAUCUCUUCAAAAAUUUUAUUAUUUUUUAAUUAUUUUUCUAUAAUACAUGUAAUAAAUAUAUUAACUCUUCAGUCUAUAUUUAUUAUUUAGAUUUAAUAGUUGUUAGUGAUUUGGUAAUUGAUGAAAGCCCAAAAGAAUUCACAACAUUAAGUUAAUUAUAUUGGAUUAUAUUUUAAAAAUAGG